AUGCAGCGUUCGAGUGGGCUUGUUGUGUGGGUGGUGCUGGUGAUGUCACUGAUGGCGACGACGUUCGUGUGCGGCACGAACACGCCCGAGCAGGAGCUCGAGUUCCUGCGGGCCAAGGUGCGGCAGUUCUACCCGCGCAUGGCUCCCGAAAAGGCCGAAGCCUUCGCCCAGGCCAUCCUCGCCAUCGCCGAGAAGCAGGCCUUCAUCGAUCUUCAGAGCACCGACUCGGUGGAGGAACUGGACGUGAACUUCGACUGCAAGGUGUACUGGCCGAGCUUUCUGCCGCCAGACAAGGCCAAGAACCUGCGCCCGGCCGACAUCGAAGUCCUCGGCGCGCUCGGCGACAGGCACGCUACAGAAGGCCCUCUUCACCCAUUCCUGUCCACCCUCGCCCUCACGGCCGGCUUCGGCGCCAAGGCCGCCACGGUUUACAACCUGUUCACUGACUUCCGCGGUGUCUCCUACGCCAUCGGUGGUGACAAGCCGGCCGAGGGCAAGCUGACGACCCUGGGCUCGAUCUUGCGCGAGUACAACCCGCGCAUCAAGGGCCUCUCCACCGGCGAGGGCGACAUCGAGAGCGCCGGCGCCAACUCAACCUCGCCGUCACCGGAGCCGUCAUCCAGGGCACGCACCACCACACACGGCACUUUUAAGUACCUUCCCGGUCAGGUGAAGAACUUCACGAAGCGGCUGAGGUCCAACCUGGGCCUCAUCCACUACCACACCGACUGGAAGAUGGUGUCGAUCCUGAUUGGCCACAACAAUCUGUGCGACUUCUGCGUGGACCCGGUGGAGAACGGGCCGGAGACCUUCGGCCGCCUGCUGGAGGAGAGCAUCGACCUCCUCUACGCCCAGGUGCCUCGCCUCUUCGUCAACCUCCUGUCGCCCAUCGACGUCAGCAUUCUCAGCACCUUCUCCAGCUAUGGGCAGUGCGGGUUCUGGCAUUCGUAUCUGUGCCCCUGUGCGGUGGCGGGUCCCGACGCGCUGAAGGCUCUCGCCCAGGCGCACGAGGGCUACUUCCGGGAGAUCGAGCGGAUCGUGGGCCUGCCCAAGUACCAGACCCGCGGCGACUUUGCGCUGGUGCUGCAGCCCUUCCUCAAGGACACCGUGAUCCCGACCAAGCCCGACGGCCAGCCCGACGACUCCUACUUCGCCCCCGACUGCUUCCACUUCUCCGAGAAGUCGCACCAGGCCGCGGGCGUGGCCCUGUGGAACAACCUCAUCAGCCCCGCCCAGGCCAAGCAGCACACGUGGUCGCCGGGCGAGCCUAUCAAGUGCCCGGCCAAGGGCUCCGUCCUCCCUACCAGCGCCUGA